AUGCAGUUCACCAUCUUCACCCUCGCCGCUCUCCUGAGCCUCACCUCCGCCGCCGCAGUCACCAAGCGUUUCCCCUACUCUGCCACCUCCGUCCAGGCUCGCCAGAGCGAGAUCUGCGGUGGCCUCGCCACACCAUUGUGCUGCCAGACUGAUGUCCUUGGUGUUGCCAACUUGAACUGCGCGAACGCGGGCGCCGGUAUCGAAACAACAGAGGACUUCCAAGCUGCUUGCGCUGAAGACGGCACGACGGCUCAGUGCUGCAUUGUGCCGCUUGGUGCUGAUGGGUUGCUUUGCACUGCUGCUGCUUAA